ACACAGAUGAUAGUUGUUGCUAGAAACAAUUAAAAUGUCUACUAAAUUCUCCUUUUUUAACUUUAGAAAAACCAAAUGUCAUCGUCACUGAUAGCUUCAAAAUUUGUUUUGUGUUUUGAUCGCAAUGUCGUUAAGCUACGAUAAUUUUUGAAAUCACCGUGACACAUGCCUCUACCUGGAUGCUCAUGCACCAGCAGCGCAGCGGCGACAGUGCUGCUCGCCUUGCUCCUGCUGCCGGCGGAGUUCUUUGUCCCAGACCUCACACCGAAAUUGCCACCUACGGCGCUGCCGCAAAACACGAUCUUCGUACCGGGCACAAAUACUUGGUUUUUCCUUGAUUUUCCGCCCCUUGAUAUAUUUUUAACGUUGGUUCUUAUCGUGUGGGCGACCACGACCUACCUCUGCGCUUGGAUACAAAGGAAAAUAAUGGAAAGACGAAUAUUAAAGCUAAGGGCGUCAUUGCAAGACUGUGUGAAGCGCGCGCGAGGAUUGGAGGCGCAACAGGAGCAGACGGAGACCAGCAUCAGACUCGCGCGUGCAGCGGCCGCGGAGUACGGGCUGUUGAUGCAUUUACUGCUGGCGCGCCGACGCCCUUCAUCGCAAUUACGCACCUAAUACGUUUUACCCUUGUUUUCGUAGUGCGUUUGUUCUU